CCGGAAGCGCGAGCCUCCUGAACAGAAAGUCGUUUUUCUUUGUAUUUCCCUUCAGACUUUAGACUUUCUGUUUAUAAAAACACUGAUAUCUGAUAUCCACUCACUCUAAAUAACUGAUUUAGUGAUAUUUCUACACUGUGUCAGAUUUCCUCCCACAGCUCCCAGUGUCUCAGCCCAGCAGAUGGAGAGUGACCUGCAGACGGACUGGAGUUUCUCAUUAGAGGGCGGAUCAGUCGCGGGAGCUGUGCCGGUGUGCGCCUCUCUGUGGGCAGUUCCCGCUCCAGCCACACUGUGGUCAGUUCCGGGGCUCCUGCAGUCUCAGGCUCCGCUACACGAGCAGGAAGCGCUGUUUCUCGGCCACGAACCCGACAUCAUGCCGGUCACCACCGAGACCAAGGAGCUGGACAUACAGACAGAGAACUGGACAGAAGAUAAAGCAUCCAACACUAACGAUGACUGGGAGUCUGUUAUGCAUAAAAUUAACGAGUACGGUUCCAGGCUGGCUCAACAGUACGAGUCAAUGGUCAGGCAGGAAGAGGCUGAUGAAACUGAACACUCUCUUCACAUUAAAAGUCUAGAGAAGACAAAAGAAGAAAAACAACGACUUUAUCAGGGUCUCAUUAGCAAGAUUGAAUCUCUACAAGUGAAGCUGGACCUAAACAGCAGUAAGACCACCCGGAAAAACUUUACAGUUAAGCUUGAAGAACUGACUGCAGAGAAGGAGCGACUAGCAGAAGGGAAGAAAAGAUUGGUGCAAGAGCUUGAAGAGGCUGACAGAAAGCUGAAGCAGCUUAUUGAAGAGCAAAAUAAUGAUAAACUUUCCUGGGAACAGGAGAUAGCAGACUUACAGACUGAGAAUGAGAGACUUUCUAAACAGCUUGAAGAAACCAAUCAGAUUGCCCUAAAAGAUGAGAUAGCUGCACUAGAAUCUCAGAGAGAGCUGGCCAUUUCUCAGAUAGAAGACUGGAUUGCAGAAGCGGAAAGAUAUCUUGACACCCUUCGAUUGGACCCUUCGCAUCAGAAUGCCCGACAGCGGCAUGAGUGGGAGAAAAAUAUAAUGGUGGUCCGGAACAGCCUUUCUAGACUACAGAAUAUGUACAGUGACAACAUUAUACUUCUACAGAGCGGACAGCAACUAGAUAGUUUACCCCCAAUCUCCCUGCCACAUCUUCCUAAUGUGCCCUCGAUCGAUUUGUUCAUGAGUGCUCUCAGAAACUCAGUAUCUCAGAUGCCGUUUUAUAGUGGUCCUAUGACCCGCAUCCCGCCACCCACCGCAUUGCCUGAUUUCCAUCCUGGUAGUGUCCCAGUUCAUAGACUCACUCCUCCACUCCCUCCAGUUUCAUCCCAAAGCUUUCCACUUUCCACAGUGAACGCUCCAUCCUACUCAGCCGGACCCAAACCCAGCCUGACCAUGCCCACCAUUUUACCCCCUCAGCCCCCUUUCCGCAUGCCCCCCAUGACUGCUAUGCCUACUAUGCCUUUACCUCACACCCAACCAAUGUUUCGUCUACCACACACCUUCGUACCCACCAGUACAUAUGGAGCUGCUGGACCUGCUCAUGUGUCGAUGGUAACGACUCAUGCAGCUACUCCCAUGCCAGCAACUCAGGCCACACCUUUACCAGCUCAUACAUCAACAUCAGCACCAGCACCACCAGCAGCAGCAGCAGCAGCAGCAGUAUCAGCACUGCCCCAGGGCACCUUCCCAGCCACAUCAGCCCGAAACUCCUCCCCCCAGACUGUCUCAUCCAAUCCACCACCUGCGGGCAAGCUGGACAAGCUGCUGGAGAGGCUGGGCACACAGUUCCCACAAUGCACCAGAACUCAGCUGAUGGGUGUGCUGCAGCAGAUUAAGAGCGAGCGUGGCACCAUGGCAGGCCUGUCUAUGGAUGAAGUCACUCAGCAGGUGUCUCAGAAGCUGGCACAGAAUGAUCGACCAGCUCCGGGUCCUAUAGCUCCUCCAUCUGGAUCCCGAAGCUUUGCUGCAGCUCCUGGUCCUGUCCAGAGACCCUCAGUCCAACCCCACCUAAUACGGCCCCCUCUCCGAGCCCCAGGGGCACCAGGUUUCCAGCCAAGACCCUCUCAGCCUCCAGCCAUGCGUAAGCUGUGCUUAAUGUGUCAGAACCAUGUAGAACCUGGGACCCAGUACAACACAAACUGCCCACACACACUACACAAAGACUGCAUCAGUGUGUGGCUGCAGUCCAGCAAGAACCACUCCUGCCCUUUCUGCCCCAGUAAAUAAACACACACUUACACACCGUUCACUCUGCCCUUACACAUUAGCAGUGUUUAACUGACAUUUCCUACAUAAGAACAGUUAAAUGCUGUGCUGAGGAAAUAAUUUGACUUAGUUAUUACUGAACAAACAGAUGCUUUGGAAUGGAUUGAUGAUUUUAGUAAUAUGUAAAAUGUUUCAAAGCCAAGUUGUUUACUUGUGUGAUACAAUCUAAUUUACUUACUGUGAAUUUUAUUAUAACUUUCAUAAGCUUAUUUUAUAAUUAAACUUAAUACAUUUUCAUACAAGUUUUUGAUUUUUAUAAUGAGCAUUUUGUGAUAAUUUGUAAUUAAUAAACCAUAAUAAAUAUAUUUUAAAUAUCAUGCUGCUGGUCUUUGCACUACUACUGCACUCUGCAAUAUUGCAUCUAAUUCCUUUACCAUCUGACCUUAUAAACUUACAAACCAGCAUUUAUUUUCUUUACACCAUAUUUAACUCACCAGUUCUCAUGUUACAGCAGGGAAACACAACCUGUGGUAUGUAUGUGGUCCCCAAGACAAAGUUUAUGUAAGUGUAAAAAUAUAACCUGUUCCUGAAUUACUUACUGUGGGAAAAGCAGAAGAAAUAAUAUUGAGUGCAUUUACAUUCACUUCAUAACUCGAUUACGGCAUAUUUUCCCAUAAGUUUCCAGUAAUCUAUUAUAAUUAUAAAAAACAUUCCCGUGCCUCACCAAACAGAAAUGUCACCAACCUCAAAAGAACUGCCACCCAGGCUGCUGCAAGCGGCAGUUCUUGUGAGGUUAGUGCCGACAGCGAGAACAAACCCUGGAACAACAAAUCAGAGACAUUGAUGGAUGCAAGAAAGAGAGAGGGCAUUCCUGUUAAAGGAUGCAAAGUCUGCAACAACUCUGUAUAGUACAUCAGUGAAUACCAGAUGACCACUUGAGUAAACAUGAGAAACCAAAUGAUAUGUAAUGAAAAUAAAACGUGUUUCACUUUAAGACAAGCAAUGUGUGUACAGCUCUGAAAAAAAUAAGAGAGCACUUAAAAAUGAUGUGAUUCUUUGAUUUUACCAAAUUAAAAACCUCUGGAACAUAAUCAAGAGAAAGAUAGAUAGAUCGCAAGUCAUCAAACCAAGCUGAACGGCUUGAUUUUUUGCACCAGGAGUGGCAUAAGACUGGUGGAGGAGAACAUGAUGCCAAGAAGCUUGAAAACUGUGAUUAAAAACCAGGGUUAUUCCACCAGAUGUUGGUUUCUGAACUUCUAAAACGUUAUGAAUAUGCAUUAUGUAAGGUCUGGAAGCUCUGCAUCUUUUGUUUAGUUCAGCAUUUAUAUUUGGAAUUUGUUAGAAAUGUUGUCGGUAGUUUAUAGAAUGAAAUCAUUUUAUACAAACAUAUACUUAUAAAAAAGCAAAAUCAGAGAAACUGAUUCAGAAACUGAAGUGGACUCUUAAUUUUUUCCAGAGCUGUAUACUGAAAAUAUGUCAAAUAAAUAAGUGUGCUUCAA